CCCUGUUCACAAUGGUUGAGAUAACAGAUGACGAAGCAGCUCUGUAUGACAGACAGAUCAGAUUGUGGGGGGUUGAUGCACAGCGCUCCCUGCGCGCAGCUAACGUAUUCGUUAAGCGCUGCGGGCCCCUGGGAGCGGAAGUGUGUAAGAACAUAGUGUUGUCAGGUGUUAACUCCCUCACAAUACUAGACACCAGGAUAGUGGAGGAGAAACAUUCUGCUACUAACUUCCUUAUCAGAACCAACACCGGCAAAUCAUUUGCAGAAACGUGUGUACCGAAUCUGCAGAUCUUAAACCCGCUAGUUAAAGUAGAUUACGUUACGGAGGAUCUGACGGAGGACACUAUCAAACAGUACUCUGUUGUCUGUAUUACAGACGGCAGUAAGACGGAGUAUGAGGAGACAAACAAGCUAUGUCGGAUACACGGGGCUAUGUUCCUAGCUACAAAUACCUGGGGUAUGACGGGGUUCAUGUUCCAGGACUGUGGGGAAAAGUACAAGUACAUCGCAGAGAAACCUAAAAUAGCGCGCGGCAAGGCGAGUGAGAAGCAGGACACUAAGAGACGGAAGGUGGAGGAAGAUAACUCAGAGUACGAAGAGAGAGUUGCUCACUUUACCCAGUACAGCAAUGUUGCUCCCUUAUCUUCUCUUAAGUUCUCCUCCCCUGCUGUGCUUAUAACUCACGGAAUUUUAAACGAAGUAGCGGAUCUAGGGGAGCACUGUAAAACAAUGUGUCAGAAAAUAGGAGGAAAAGAGGUUCCUGAGGAACUGAUCAGGAACGUGUCUGGGGAACUAGUACCAAUUUGUGCAAUAGUUGGAGGGAUUGUCAGUCAGGAGAUAAUAAAGAUAGUCAGCAAGAAAGAUGAUCCUAUAGUCAACAGCUUGUACUUUGAUGGACUUUCAGGGGCGGGUAUAAUUGAGAACUUCAGGUGUUGCGAGUUUAAGAAGUAAACAUACUUUCACUUUCACUUUCACUUUGUUGAAAGUUUGUGAAGUUAAGAAAUAGGAAUUAUAUCAAACCGUUUUAAUGAAGCUGUUAAUCAUGUUGAUGUUGAAUUUUCUUGAAGGUAUCUGCUGGUUAUACUGAGUACUAACUGAUGGUACUGACUGGCAUGGUAGCGAUUUCUUCUUUCACUUUCACUUUCUCCUGCAGUUUAUAAUUUUUACUGAUGGUGUUGGUUGACUAAAUUUUUAAUUUUUAAUCACAAGGAGUUGUUUUUGUUAAAGAUAUACAUUAUACAUUUAAAUUAGGGUUAAUUCAGCUAGCUAAUCUAUCUGAGGGAACAUUUACUCGAUUGUGAAUUCCACUCAUUUAUUACUGUGAACAAGCAUUGUCACGCUGUACUAUUUCUUUUGACUACACGAGAACGAAAAUAUAAUUAUUUGGUAUGCUGUAUAAGAUGUUACAUUUUGUUAUCAACUUCAUAAUAAGAUAAUAGGACGUACGAUUUAAUUUAUCUUACAUUUAUUUAUAUCACAUUAAGU